CAUACAGCCGCCGGCCGAGCGAAUCGAUGAGGACGCGCUCUAGGCAGGCCCCCAGCUGAAGUGCUCGGCGGCUUGCGGGGCGGCUGGCCAUCUUCAACAGCUGCCAAGGCUGGAGUCUGUCUUCCCGGAGAGGCAGGCGGGCGACCCGAGACGUGAGUCCGCGAGCGUUCACACAGGAUGCUGUGUUCUCUGCUCCUCUGUGAAUGUCUGUGGCUGAUAACUGCUUAUGCUUAUGAUGAUGACUGGAUUGAUCCUACAGACAUGCUUAACUAUGAUGCUGCUUCAGGAAGAAUGAGAAAAUCUCAGGGGAAAUAUGGUAUGUCAGAGAAAGAAGAGGUCAGUCCUGACUUAUCAUAUGCUGAUGAAUUGUCAGAAUGUUACAACAGACUUGAUUCUUUAACUUAUAAGAUUGACGAAUGUGAAAAGCAAAAGAGAAAAGACUAUGAAAGUCAGAGCAAUCCAGUUUUUAGGAGAUACUUAAAUAAGAUUUUGAUUGAAACCAAAAAGCUUGGAGUUCCUGAUGAAAACAAAGAUGACAUGCAUUACGAUGCCGAGAUUAUCCUUAAAAGACAAACCUUGCUAGAAAUACAAAAGUUCCUCAGUGGAGAGGAUUGGAAGUCAGGUGCCUUGGAUGAUGCACUAAGUGAUAUUUUAAUUAAUUUUAAGCUUCAUGAUUUUGAAACGUGGAAGUGGCGGUUUGAAGAUUUUUUUGGCGUGGAUCCGUAUAAUGUGUUGAUGGUGCUUCUGUGUCUGCUCUGCAUCGUGGUGUUAGUAGCUACUGAGCUCUGGACCUGUGUUCGUUGGUACACCCAGUUGAGACGUGUUUUAUUCAUCAGUUUUCUCAUCAGUUUGGGAUGGAAUUGGAUGUAUUUAUAUAAGCUUGCUUUUGCCCAGCAUCAGGCCGAAGUUGCCAAGAUGGAGCCACUUAACAAUGUGUGUGCUGAGAAGAUGAACUGGAGUGGAAGUCUCUGGGAAUGGCUUAGAAGUUCAUGGACCUAUAAGGAUGACCCAUGUCAGAAAUACUACGAGCUCUUAAUAGUCAACCCUAUUUUGUUGGUCCCUCCAACAAAGGCACUGGCAGUUACAUUCACCAACUUUGUCACGGAGCCAUUGAAGCAUAUUGGAAAAGGAACUGGUGAAUUUAUUAAAGCACUCAUGAAGGAGAUCCCAGUGUUACUCCACGUUCCAGUGCUCAUAAUUAUGGCAUUAGCUGUCCUGAGUUUCUGCUAUGGUGCUGGCAAAUCAGUUAAUAUGCUGAGACAUGUGGGUGGUCCCGAAAGAGAACCACCUCAGGCACUUCAGGCAGGUCAAAGAAGACGGAAGCAGGAAAUUGAUUAUAGACCCCAUGGUGGAGCAGGUGAUGCAGAUUUCUAUUAUAGGGGCCACAUUAGCCCCAUUGAGCAAGGCCCUAAUGACAAAGCAUAUGAGGGUAGAAGAGAUGUUUUGAAAGAGAGAGAUGUUGGCUUGAGAUUUCAGACUGGCAACAAGAGCCCUGAAGUGCUUCGGCCAUUUGAUUUACAAGAAGCAGAGGUGAGAGAGCAUCCCGAGGUGGUACCUGGUCUUAAAUCACCUGAUUUGGAAUCAAAGCUCAAAGAGAUGGGUGAAAUCCCAGGAGAAAGCACUCCGACAGAAAGCAGUACUGAAAGCAGCCAGCCUGCUAAGCCUGUCUCUGGCCAGAACGUCUCCGAGGGUGUAGAAGGUUUCCCUGCAGUGGAGAAGGCCCAGCUUAGGACUGAUGCCGCAGGUGGCCCAGAGGAAGGCAGCACAUCCGGCCCAGCAAGCACUACAGUGGGAGUGUGUGGCUAGAGGAACACAGACAUGGGCCACGGUUCUGAGGUCGUCUUCGAGUUGUGUAAUCUCUUCACAGCUGUUUCUUCUGCAAAUAAUCUGAUAUUUACUACAUAGGUGCCAACUUUAAACAUCAGUAUUUUUACUGACAAUCAGAAUUAACAAGUGUGCAUGUAUUUUCUGUUCAGUUUAUUUCUUUGAUAUUAAGAUGCAUCCCAUAAAGUUUUUGAAGUGUUAAUUUUGGAACAGGAUCUCAUAGAUGAACAUAUGGCACGUAUUAAUGAUUUUGAAUCAUGAAAAAGACCAUGUGAGGUAGGGGACAUUGAAAAAGAAGUUGUUGUUUACAGGCAGAUACAGGAAUCAACUCACCAAAGUGUGUUUUGCCUUUUGGAAGUCCUGCGAUACCUACUUUAGUUAAUAGAAUUAUUUGUUAGUUGUGCAUCGGACCCAGAAUGUUUCUAAAAAUGGUAGGUACUCAAAAACAUUUAAGGAAAGUCACUGUAGUCAUGUUUACCCACGUCAUGCACUUCAGCAUUUUAGCGCAGCCCUGGAGCCUGCAUCUCCAGUUUCAGUCUGACCCCCUGUAGGCUGCCCACAGACCAGCCUGCAUUUUCAACUCUUAAAGCUGUUACUGGGCCUGCUUCUUUACCACCCCUUUGACUUUAUCCUUAGCUAGGACAGAACUGAAGAUCGUCAGGGGAAUUUAGAUUACAUAGCUUGUUAAACUGCUAAUCCCAGUUUUACAUACUUUGAGAAUGGCUUUAUUUCUCCAGCAAAUAAGUGCACAGGUUUUACAAGGCCUGUUUUCCUUGCUACUCAGAAUCCCAGAUUUGAGGUUAUUAGAUAUUACAUUAUAGAGUAAACCAUGUUGUCCAAGCCAUAUGAAGUUCUAAAUUUUAGAGAUCUAUACAAAGAGAAGGAUAAAUACCAUGAUAAAAGACGAGUGGAUUUUUAACCCUAGACAGGUGAUAUAAUCCACACUUCAGUUAUUCUGAUUUUCAAACUAUUCUUCAUUUUAAACUUAAAAAAAAAAAGCAAUUUAUAAAUUUUGCACAAAAGCUAGCUAGGAAGCCACAAUUACACACAUCCAGGUAUUCUUUGUUUUAACCUUCACACUACAAGUUCCAGUCAGCUGCUUACUAAAAAUGACACCACAAGUAGUUUUAAAAUUUCAUGCAGGCAUUUCUUUCAGAAAAGGUUUAAAGCAUUUGCUUUUUGAUGUUUUUUUACAUGAAAUGCAGAAUACCCCUUCUUGGCUCCCAGAAGCAUCACUUAGAUGCCUGUAAUUAAUUUUAUGUGUUAAUAUUAUUUUCUGGCUUAAUACUGCAAAACAUCAUUAGUAUUUAUCUUAUCAGAAAGGUAAUUUUUUCCAAUAAAUGCAAUAUGAUUUAUAUAAAACUUUAUAACACAAGCAUGUAAGGAUGUCUGCAUCUUGGGAUAGACUUGUGAACAUCGAUGCAUAUAAGGUAGUCCUCUGCGGGCCAGGUUUUCCUCUAUUGGUGAAUGUGCUCCCAAGGUGCUAGUUACCCUCUGGGUUGUGAAAUGGAUGCCUCAGUUGCUAGACUGUAACUGUGAGGGUAGAGUUAAUGUUAUUUUGCACUUCUUACUGCUGCUUAUCAAUCCAAAAAUGAAUCUUUAAAAGAAAAUUUAAGUAAAAGUUCAUCUUUGUACUCUGAUUACAGAUAACCAUUUGGGGAGGAACUCUGCUUUGACAGCUAGCAAGGCAACAGUGCUGCUGUUGAAACAUAACAGCAGAGUUCAGGGAAGGCUUAUUAAAGCCAAUUGAAUAUUCAAGGUCAGUUUAUAACUAAAAGAAGUAGGCUUGUUUAUUGUUUAGCCAACAUUUAUCAUUAAAGUCAAGGAUUAUAGUAACAAGCUUUUAGGAAUAUCAGACUGAGGCAUACAGCUCUUUUAAAGCAAUUUUUAAGUGGAAUGGCUAACACUGAAUGUUUACGGGGUCUAAGAGCUACCAUCUACACAAAAUAAACACUUAUUUUUACAUUAUUGUGUUUUGGUAUGCUGUCUUUGCUCAAUAAAUGUGCUUGUAAGAAAAAGCCCCAAGAAAUUUAAGUGCAGGUUUUGGUUUUAAAUGGGUGCUAUUCCAGGACAUUAUAUGCUAUAUAUAAUAUAUAAAACAUAAUAUAAUCUGAGUGUUAACUGAGUACUUUUGACAAAAUUUGUGUGAUUUCAGAACCAAGAAUAAUCUUUUUUUUUUUUUUCCCCCUGAGCUCUUAAUGUGAGUCCAGAUUGUGUAACUAUCUUCUCAUUUUUUAAAACAUUGGCCAUUUGGAGAAGUGGUUUGCAUUGCCUAUCAAAAUCACCUGAAAGAUUUUUAGGAUGAACAGAGGCCUAGAUCCCAUCGCAGCUUUGCAGAAUCAGAAGCAACCAGAAGUGAAUGAGUUGCCAGCUUGUUCCAGGUGUGGGCAUUUGUAUUAUGCAAUUCAGUCUUAGUGCAGACCCAGCUCAGUCCCAUCCUUGUUGACUUGCUUUUGCCAAACUUACUUAUGUCACAUUAUGUCCCCUUGUAAAACACCUUCAGUUUCUGGAAAGAGGAGGAAGAAACUCCUCUUGUCAUUAAUGAUAGCUGAGGGCUUAACCUACAUCUUUCAUACUUAAUUUUCGUGGCCUAGGUUUUUUACAUAGUCACAUAAGGGUUUUGGGGAUUUUUUGAACAUUGGGUCCUAAAAAACUUUACAAUAGUAUUUUGCAACAGAACAUACAAUUUUAAACCAUUACAUACACACACACCCACCCACACACAAGUGCACAUAUAUACAUACCUGUACUUAUAUAUGUAUAUAUAUACACAUAAAUUAUUUUAAAAAUCACACAAAGAGGCCAAACCACACUAAAAGAAGUUUAUUCUUAAAUUCUUUUAUGUUCUUUUAUGAUGGCUUUGGCCUAAAAAUAUAUUGAAAAUAGAGAUUUUCUUAGUGGAAAAAAAAUCUAGAUUCUUUAACAGAUGAUAUUUUUUUACACAUUGGUCAAGUAUAUUAUUUUUAUGAAACAGCGUAAUUUCUCACUACAUCCAUGGUUAGGUAUAAAAAAUUGCCAUUAUCAAUUAAGAGUAAAAAAAUUACCUCAACAAGAGGAUUAAAUCCUAGUCUAGAUUCAUUUUAACUUCCUACUUUACAAAUAGUAGGUAAAGGAAUCUUAACAAGUUGCCAAAGAACAUAAUCCCAAGCAGUAAUCACAAAAGUUGAUGAAGCACCUUUCAAGACACUUCCACUCAGAAACAAGUUGAGUGUCCAGAGGAGUGUAAACACUAUACUAUUAAAGGUUAAAUAUUUACAUCAUGCUAAAAACAUUUUAAGCUGUAGUACAGUGCUAUACUUUCUCCUUUUGAAGAAAAAAGUAGUAGAUUGAAUUUCCCUGCAGUGUUCUGAAAGGAAAUAAGGUCAUUUU